GUCUCCCAGGCUGCCGCAUCACCGCGCGGGGAGGGGCCCCGGUUUCCACUAUUGGCUGGUGCUGGAUCACCGACAAGCUUUACGGUAGGGCCGCGGCCAGAGAGGAUGUACGUGCGCGGUGGUCUUCUCAUCUCCCCGAGGCGCAGACUGUGCUGAGUUUCAACAUGAUUUCAGCACGAUCGUAGCGGGUUGUUCUUCGCCUCCAAAACCUCGUGCCGCUUAAACCGAAAAGAGAUGCGCCCGGAUAGACGCGGAUACAUUGUCCGGACACCGCGAGAGGAGGAGAGGAGCAUGUAAACGGGAGAAACGCACCGGCGGCGGCGUCGGCGGCGGCACCACCUGACACUUCUCCCCCCAGCUCCCGGUUUCCUCAGUAUUUGAGGCGUCUCGAUGUGUUGACUGAACUCUUGUCGUUGUUUCGGAUAUUCUCUUCAGCAAAAUGAGCGAGGAGGUGCCAGAGAUCCCCAAAGAGCUUCUGGAGAGUGUGAGGGAUGCACUGGGGAGGAAGGUGAAGCUGUCGCUGAGGAAGAGAGUCAAACUGGAGAUCAAAGGAGACAAGACGGAGAACAGAGUCUUGGCUCUCGCGUCUCACCGAGCCUACCUCUUGACGGCACGCAUUCCCACCAAAGUGGAACACUCCUUUAAUUAUCUGGAGAUCCAGGGAGUUGCUUGUAACAAGCCUACACAGCUGCUGAUAGAGUAUGAGCGUGGCUCCUUCUCUCUGAGGCUGCUCUCUUCAGAGGAGGUUAAUGAGGUGGUCGCUCACAUAGGAAACUGCCUACUGAGGAUAUGUCCUGGUCUACCGCCUAGUAAAGUGAUGAAGAAGCUCUGCAUGGAGCCUCCAGACAGGCUGAUCUCUCUGCAGACUCUGUGGGAGAACAACAAGCCUGCUGAACCUGGACCCUGUGGUGGGUUUUCUCAAAUGUACAGAUGUGUUUGUGACUGGUUGGGGCUGCCUUACAGAGAAGAGGUGCAGUGGGAUGUAGACACUAUCUAUUUGACACAAGACACCAGAGAACUCAACCUGCAGGACUUCAGCCAUCUGGAGAACAGGGAUCUGGUGGCCAUAAUAGCAGUCCUUGAGUUUAACCAGUGGUUCACUAAGCUCUCCACCAAGGACUACAAACUGUCUGCAGAUGUGUGUGAACAGAUCCUCCGGGUGGUGUCUCGAUCCAGUCGACUGGAAGAGUUGGUUCUGGACAACGCAGGACUCAAAACUGAUUUUGCCCAGAAGCUAGCUGCUGCCCUGGCCCACAACCCCAGCUCAGGACUCACCACCAUUAAUCUUGCCAACAACCCACUGGAGGACAGAGGUAUCUCCUGCCUGGGUGCUCAGUUUGCCAAACUUCAUAUGGGGCUAAAGCAUUUAAACUUCUCCAAAACCUCACUAUCACCCAAAGGGGUGAACAGCCUUUGCCAGUCACUGAGUGCCAACCCGUCCAUCCCCAGCAGCCUGGUCCAUCUGGACCUCUCAGGGAAUAUCCUCAGAGGAGACGACAUGCAGCAUUUCUGCCACUUCCUUGGUCAACCCAACAGCCUGGCAACCCUUGACCUCUCCAACACUGACUGCUCAUUGGACCAGGUUUGCUCUGCUCUGCUGCGAGGUUCGGUCCAACACCUCUCUGUUCUCAACUUGUCAAAGAGUGUCUUCCCACACAGGAAAGGCAAAGAGGUGCCUCCGUCAUUCAAGCACUUCUUCAGCAGUGCCAUGUCUCUCAGCUCCAUCAACGUGUCAGGAACCAAGCUGCCACCAGAGGCCCUCAAAGCGCUCUUGCUUGGUUUGGCCAGUAACCCCAAUCUGAAGGAUGUGUCACUAGACCUCAGCUGCUGUGAGCUGCGGUCAGGAGGCUCUCAAAUCCUCGAAGGUUGUAUUGCUGAGAUCCCAAACAUCUCCAGCCUCGAUAUCUCUGACAAUGGCCUGGACUCUGACCUGUCCACUCUGCUGGUGUGGUUGGCCAAGAACCGGUCCAUCAGACACCUCUCUCUGGGCAAGAACUUCAACAACAUCAAGUCAAAAAACCUUGGCCCGGUGCUGGACAGCCUGGUUCAUAUGAUUCAAGAGGAGGAGUCGCCCCUCACCUCUCUGUCUCUAGCAGACUCCAGACUAAAGAGUGAUCUGACCAUCAUUCUCAACGCCCUCGGCAGCAACUCCUCGCUCACCAGACUCGACAUCAGCGGGAACGCCAUGGGGGACAUGGGAGCCAAGAUGCUGGCCAAGGCGUUGCAGAUCAACUCCAAACUCAGGACUGUGAUCUGGGAUAAGAACAACACCAGCCCUCAGGGUCUUCAGGAUGUAGCAGCCGCUCUGGAGAAGAACUUCACCAUUCGUUUCAUGCCCAUCCCCAUUAUUGAUGCCUCCCAGGCUCUGAAGGCCAGCCCUGAGAAAACAGAGGACGCCUUGCUAAAGAUUGAGAAUUAUCUCUACAGGAACCAUGAGACCAGGAAAUACCUACAGGAACAGGCCUAUCGGCUUCAGCAGGGCAUUGUGACCACAACCACACAACAGAUGAUUGACAGGAUUUGUGUGAAGGUGCAGGACCACCUGAACUCUCUGAGGAACUCAGAGACAGAUGCCAUCUUGGAGGAUGUCAGGUCAGCAGAGAACCUCAUCAAAGACGCCAGAAACUCUAAAACGCUGCUCCCUAACCUCUACCACCUUGGAUCAGCUUCCAGAGAGGAGGUGAACAGCUCAUCAGUAGGACCCAUCCAGGAGAAACUGGAGUCUAUGGCUGGGGAGGUGACAAUUGUCAUGGACCAACAAUUGCAGACUCUGCUGGAGUCCAUGGUGGACACAGCAGAUUCUCUGUGUCCCCAUGUGAUGAAGAGGAGUAAUCUUCGUCCAGAGCUGAUGAAGGCCAGCUCAGCCAAGAUGGUUGUACCCAAGAGCUUUGUCACCAAAACCCUCCUGGAGCAGUCUGGGGUGGAUAUUAUCAACAAGAUCAGUGAGGUGAAGCUGAGUCUAGCGUCCUUCCUGUCCGAUCGCAUUGUUGAUGAGAUUUUGGAGGCUCUUUCCACUUCACAACACACUCUGGCAGACCAUCUGGUACGUCGAGGUCGCCGUUUGGUGCAGCAGGAGUCGGUGGAUUUGGACGUCCCUGAGGAGAAGAUUCCUAAACGGGCAUCAACUGAAAUAUUAGAGGCUGAGAGGCUGGAGGAUCUGGAGACAUGCAUGAUGACUCCUAAAUCCAAGAGGAAAAGCAUCCACAGCAGAAUGCUUCGACCAGUGUCUCGUGCCUUUGAGAUGGAGUUUGACCUGGACAAGGCCCUGGAGGACGUGCCUAUCCAUGUGGAGGAUGCUUCAACUUCAUCUCAAACCCCGCCGACUCCAUCUCAGGUUCUGCCCAAACUGGAGCAACGUCCGCCAGGAACGAUGGUGGAGCUGCCAUCUGAGGAGGAAAAAAAGCUGCAGCACUUCACCAAACUACGACCCCGGAGGAACAAAAAAACACAUUCCAGCAAAGUACCUCAAAUCAACAGUGCUCCAUCUCAGGAUGGGGAUCAAAACGGCCUCAUGGGAAGGGUCGAUGAGGGGGUAGACGAGUUCUUCUCUAAAAAAGUCACCAAGAUGGAUUCCAAACGUUCCCUAAAGAGUUCAGAGUCUCAAGAUGGAGAGAAAAAGAAGAGUAAAGGAGGAUUCCUCAACCUCAUCAAACGAUCCUCCAAAUCUGACAAAUCAGAUAAGUCAGAGAAAAAUCAAGCGACCCCUCUAUCCACUGCCAUAUCCUCAGCCUCUGUGGGCUCAGCGCCAGCUUCCACCAUCCCUGAGGAGCCCUCUUCACCAAAGGUGGCAAUGAAGAACCCAGCACCUGAGUCAAAGUCAAGAGAUACCUCCAGUCGCUCGCAGCCCACAGACUACAGCAGCAGCUCAGACCGAUCAGAAGAGCUGAGGACGCCGGACUCCAUAGACGAGCCUUGGGAGAGUUCAGAUGGCAGGGGCAGUCCUCAGGGAGGGAGGCGGUACCCGGGAGUGCAGAUGAUGGGAAGUGGCCUCCUGGCAGAGAUGAAGGCCAAGCAGGAGAGGAGAGCAUACAAGUCUUCCAGCCCUGAUAGACCUGACAGCAGUGCAACAGCGGCCAAGCCCCAGCCCGCAGCUCCCAGUGGUUCCAUUAGUAAACCAGACACUGGUUCUCCAGAAAAGACCCCACCGCGUGGUGAGGCCAAGCCUGAACCAGUCCCUCGUCUCAGAGCUACAUCCUCCUCGAGUUCCCCCGGGGGAACAGUAAGUCCCAAACCACCGGUGCCGCAGGGAGCGAAGCCUGCCCUGGCUGCCCGCCCCACCAUCCCACAGAAGCCUAGGACCACCAGUAGCAGCAGGAGCAUAGAUGAGGGCCCAGAUUCCCCCAGCAGUGGUGGUGUGUCUCCCAAAGUCACAGUUCUCCCUCCCACACUGAAGAGGGCGUUGUCAGAGAAAGACAAGGAGGGCCAAACCAGUCUGCAGUCAGGAGGCUCUGCGAACAAAACCACUCAGGAAGCAAAGACGGCAUCAGACUGUGUUCAACGACCCAGCCCUCUCCGUACCAGCUCUGAGGAUCACGGACCUUUCAAGACCAAGGACCAAUCUCAAAACCCGGACAAGGACAAGGCUGCGGGCAAGAAAUCAUCAGACUCUGGGGAGGAGGCAGACAAAGACUUUAUUUUAAUAUGACUGAGACAAAUUUACAACAAAACCUGUUGACAAGCCUCACAUGUUUUCCUUUAAAAAAGAAACUAAGGGGGAAUAUAAUCAAUAUGUUUUCAUUUAUGUUAGGGGUUGUACCCGUACCGUAGGUCCUUUCCGACCAAAAAGUACUCAUCACAUUUGGUUUGCAGGAAGACCUGCUGUAGUAUCAGGUAACACACAGUUUCAGAUUCAAUUUAAUUUGAUAAUCCAUGAAGAAAAUAUUGAUAGAUAUGGGAAUAUCCUCAUUCAAUUUUUCAUUCACGUCAUGUCUCCUAGUAAACCAAACUGUGCUAAAUCUCUUACGAGCUUCCUUUUCACAAACACCCUUUUCUGAACCUACUCUAUGCUGUCAGGUGAAAAUCUAAUUUCUCUAAAAGAAUCAACUUUUUAGGAUUUGAGGAAAUGGGUCGUGGGAUUGUCCAUCUUGUUCAGCCAAUGAAUGACAAAACCUGAAACUGAGUAUAAGUUUGUAAAUCACUUAAAAAAAAAAAAAAAAAAAAA